UGCUAAGACACUCUUGUUCGCUCCUUGACAACCCUGGCUGGGGUGCGCUGGCAGCGGCCUCCGCUCCGGCCUCCGCGGGAGCAGCACCCCUUGGGGAAAGACAUUUUCUGCUCCUGCUAAGUUGGCAAGGCCUGCUUUCCGAGCCUCCUGAGCAGCGUGACUGCUGGGCCCAGCGUCUCCUGAACGUCCCACCCUCUCCUUCUGAGGGCACACUGGGAGAAUCAUGGGAGAGACAGAAGGGAAGAAAGAGGAGGCUGACUAUAAGCGGCUGCAGACUUUCCCCCUGGUCAGGCACUCGGACAUGCCAGAGGAGAUGCGAGUGGAGACCAUGGAGCUUUGUGUCACAGCCUGUGAGAAAUUCUCCAACAACAACGAGAGCGCUGCAAAGAUGAUCAAGGAGACAAUGGACAAGAAGUUCGGCUCCUCCUGGCAUGUGGUGAUCGGCGAGGGCUUUGGGUUCGAGAUCACCCAUGAGGUGAAGAACCUCCUGUACCUGUACUUCGGGGGAACCCUGGCUGUGUGUGUGUGGAAGUGCUCCUGACAGCACCCGCACCUCUCCUGCCUCUCCUCUGGGCUGGGGAGCAGCCCUAGGCAGAGCCUGGCUCCUGCAAGGAGAGUACAGAGUUUUCUUUUGUCCUUGUGUACCAGUUUCCUGAGCCACAUCCAGGUGUGAAUUUUGUGACAUCUCCACUCCCAGGCUCUCCAUUGUCUCCCUCUGAGUCCUGAGCUGUGGACAGGCUUCUCUGUGUGCAUGAGGGGUGGGAUUGUGUGACGGGUAAAGGGGGUGAGGUCAUGGGAUUUUUCUCCUUGGAAUGGACUGGUCCCACCCUCCAUCCCAGGAGCCCAAAGCCCUUCUGCCCCCAGGACUGCUGGGAAGUAUCUACUCCCUUGUCAUUAGUGGCUAUGUAGAAGUAGCCUAAGACGAGGCCUCUCCUCUCAUGAGACACAGGACACUUCUCUCCUUGUCAUUGGGGAAGGGGUUCCCUCUGCCCUCCCCAGCCUAACCCGGAGCUGAACAAACCCCCAUUUCUUACUGGACCAGCAGUUCAUAGCCCUGGCUUUGGCAUGAGGAUCACACAGUCUUCCUGUCCCCUUCUCUCUCCCAGCCCGGGCCACACAUCCAUAGCACCUCCAUCAUAUCAGCCGCAUGGCUGAGAGCUGGGCCAUGGUGCAGAGCGAGUUCUCAAGCUGUUGCUGAACUCCCGGUGAGACACCUGGGCCAGGAGUGUGCUCACCGUGAGGCCCCCUUAGCAGGGAACCUGGCCUGCCAGGACUUCAUCAGGGACCGCAUGCUCUUUGUACUUCUUACCUUGCUGGCUUUUCUAGAUUCUUUUUGAGUGUGGGGAGAAGGGUUUUAGUAGAAGGGUGAACCAUAUUUUACACAGCGGUCUUAUUUAUAUAAACAUCUUGGUUUUUACAAUUAAAAUGACUAAAAGCUAAA